AUGGAACCCACGGUAGGAAGGGAGAAUGAAAGCGGAGGAGACGCGGCGGCAGGGCAGUGCGUGAAUCGCAUCACGGUGCCGAGACCACCUUCCAUUGAGGAGUUCACCAUUGUGAAGCCCAUUAGCCGUGGCGCCUUCGGGAAAGUGUAUCUGGGUCAGAAAGGCGGCAAAUUGUAUGCAGUGAAGGUUGUCAAAAAGGCAGACAUGAUCAACAAAAAUAUGACUCAUCAGGUACAAGCUGAGAGAGAUGCCCUGGCGCUAAGCAAAAGUCCUUUCAUUGUCCAUUUGUACUAUUCACUGCAGUCAGCAAACAAUGUCUACUUGAUAAUGGAAUAUCUUAUUGGUGGAGAUGCCAAAUCUCUUCUACAUAUAUAUGGCUAUUUUGAUGAAGAAAUGGCUGUGAAAUAUAUUUCUGAAGUAACAUUGGCUCUUGACUACCUUCAUAGGCAUGGAAUAAUUCACAGGGAUUUGAAGCCAGACAAUAUGCUUAUUACUAAUGAAGGUCAUCUUAAACUUACAGAUUUUGGCCUUUCCAAGGUUACUUUGAAUAGAGAUAUCAAUAUGAUGGAUAUUCUUACAACACCCUCAAUGGCUAAACCUAAACAAGACUAUUCAAGAACUCCAGGACAAGUAUUAUCUCUCAUCAGCUCUUUAGGAUUUUUUACACCAAUUUCAGAAAAUAUUCAAGACUGUGCAGAUACUCUUUCACCUGAUGGAUCUGAAAUAUCACAGUUUGCUCAUGGACUAACUAGUCCUAUGUCUGUAGACCAGAAGGAUACUACUCUUGAUUCUAGCAAGCUACUGCAAUCAUGUCUUGAAACAAUUACUUCUAACCCAGGAAUGCCUGUAAAGUGUCUAACUUCUAAUCUACUGCAGUCUAGGACAAGGCUGGCCACAUCAAGUGCCAGUAGUCAGUCCCACACAUUUCCAUCUAGUGUGGAAUCAGAAUACCACAGCAGCCCCAGAUGGGAAAAGGAACCCCAGGAAAAUGAUGAGAAAUUGGGCUCCACACUGAUGAGCUCGGAUGCCACUGAAAAACCUUUAUGUACAAAACCUACAAAUAUUGAGACCAUAAAUUUUAAUAAAAGGGAACUUGAGUUAGCCCUUUCACCCAUUCACUCCAGCAGUAGUGUUCCUGACCCAGGAAGCUCAUGGGUUAACACUGCUGGAAAAGAUUCUUGGGAAGCAAGAGAACUGGAUAUAAAUAAUAUACCCACUGACACAAAACAGUUAGAUUUUUACAAGUCAAAUCAGUGGAAUGUGGAUUCUGGUAACAUGCCUGAAGAGCACCUUGGGAAAAAGAGUUUAAAAAGAAAUUUUGAGUUAAUUGAUUCUAGUCCUUGUCAGGAAAUUAUACAGAAUAAAAAAAACUGUGUCAAUUAUGAGCAUAGUAAUGAACUAGGUUGUUAUGCAAAUCAGAGCACAGGCUUAACAACUGAAGUCCAGGAACUUAAGAUCUCAGGAUGCAGAAGUGAGCAGGAUGACUGUGGUAAUAAGGAAAAUGUCCCUGCUUUUCUGGAUAAACAACAAACAGCAGAAAAAUCACCAGUUCCAAUGAUAGCCAAAAACCUUCUUUGUGAACUGGAUGAAGACUGUGAAAAGAACAGUAAGAAAGAUGACUUAAGUUCUAGUUUCCUGUGUUCUGAUGAUGACAGAGCUCCUAAAAGUAUGUGUGUGGAUUCUGAUUCAUCUUUUCCUGGGAUUUCCAUAAUGGAAAGUUCAUUAGAAAAGCAGUCCUUGGAUACAGACACAAGCAUCAAAGAAAUUUCCUUAGAAGAAUCAAAUCUCACACACCUAUUGACUGCAUCACCAAGCUAUCAAGAAAAUGCCUUGCUGGAAGAUGAUGAGAAUCCUGCUAUCCAAGACAAGGAGACAAAAAUGUUACCUCCUUCUUCAGAAACACUGAAAACAUUAACCCUCUCAAAGAGAAAUACUGUAGCUUUUCGAAGUUUUAACCACCAUAUUAAUGCAUCAAAUAACUCAGAACCAUCCAAAAUGAGCAUUACUUCGUUAGAUGCAAUGGAUAUUUCAUGUGCUUAUAGUGAUUCGUAUCCCAUGACUAUCACCCCUACUCAGAAAAUAAGAUCGUAUAGACCAUAUCAGACCCCAAAGCAAAAGACGUCAGGAACUCCAUAUCGAACUCCAAAGAGUGUGAGAAGAGGGGCAGCCCCAGUGGAUGAUGGGAAAAUUCUAGGAACCCCGGACUACCUUGCACCUGAGUUGUUACUAGGCCGGGCCCAUGGUCCUGGAGUAGACUGGUGGGCACUUGGAGUUUGUCUGUUCGAGUUUCUAACAGGAAUUCCUCCCUUCAAUGAUGAAACACCACAACAAGUAUUCCAGAAUAUUCUGAAAAGAGAUAUCCCUUGGCCAGAAGGUGAAGAAAAGCUAUCUGAUAAUGCUCAAAAUGCAGUAGAUAUACUUUUAACUAUUGAUGAUACCAAGAGGGCUGGAAUUAAAGAGCUGAAACAACAUCCUCUCUUCAGUGAUGUGGACUGGGAAAAUUUGCAGCAUCAAACUAUGCCUUUCAUACCCCAACCAGUUGAUGAAACAGAUACAUCCUAUUUUGAAGCUAGAAAUAAUGCUCAACACCUCACUGUGUCUGGAUUUAGUCUCUAG